AGCACAUAGUGUCGCCAUGACAACGGUUGCUCUGUUGAUGCAGAACGCUAUUCGUGGCUGCAAGUGACACGACACGUUUGUUGACAGUUGUAGUGUGGCGCUCACAAGGUGAAGUUCACACCAUGAGGCACAUCAGCACCGUAAUCAUUGGUACCAGUGUCUCGGGAGUCAUUGUCUUGGUAGCAGGGAUUGGUCUGGGCUGGUUUGGCUUCCCUGCAUUGGUCGCUAAAGAGAUAAAGAACGCCGUGGUCUUGGUGAACGGCACAGAAGCCUAUGACAGAUGGCGUAAGCUACCCGUUCCGCUGUUCUUCAAAGUGUACAUAUUCAACGUGACGAACCCGGAGGAAGUCAAAAACGGAGCCAACCCCAUAGUCCAGGAGCUCGGACCCUACGUAUAUGAUCAGUACAAGGAGAAAUUCGACAUUAAAGAUGAGGGUGACGGUACUUAUUCUUAUGUAGAGAAUUCGACAUUUUAUUUCAACAAAAGAAGUUCCGGAAACCUCUCAGAAGAUGACGUAGUUACUGUAAUUAACAUGGCGCUCUUGGGCACGGUUCAGAAGAUCAAGAAAACUAUUGGUUCCGGGCUGCCAAUGGAAGAUAUUCUCAAGGAAAUAUUUAUUGGGUGGAAUAAUAUUUUUCAGACAGCCACAGUCAAGAAACUGCUGUGGGACGGACUAACUGUGGUUAAUUGUACAGCAAAAGCAAUGUCUGAUACAGCCUCAAUGGCGUGUGAGAUGCUGAAACCUCGCCUGCCAGUUACAAUAGCAGAGUACGAACCGGGAAUCUUCAAGUUGGCCUUUUUCCGCCAUAAGAACAAUUCAAACGACGGUCAAUUCCGUGUAAAUAGCGGAAUAGAGGAUUACAGAAAGCUGGGCCGAAUAAUUGCUUGGAAAGGCCAGAGUAACUUGACAAACUGGGAUGGAGAGUUCUGCAAUCGUAUAGACGGAACCGACUCUACCAUCUUCCCGCCCUUCCAGUCUUCCCACGACAAGGUCGUCAUCUUCUUGACUGACCUCUGCAGGUCUAUGUACGCCGAAUUUGACUCCUAUGUGACGUGGAGAGGAGUACGGAUGAUGUACUUCCCUGGAAGCCCCCUCAACUUGAAGGCUGCAGCAGAUUAUCCGCCCAACAUUUGUUUCUGCGAACAUAUAGAAGACGAACCGCCACAAUGCCUUAAAUCUGGAGUCCUUGACGUCUUCAACUGUCAAGGUGUGUCUGUGAUCGUAUCCUCCCCUCAUUUUUACAACGCUUCCACGGAAUACCAGUCCUACGUCCAGGGUUUGAAUCCAGACAGGGAGAAGCAUGAGACCUUCAUUUACAUUGAACCACAAACUGGUGUCGUCCUACGAGGAUCCAAGAGGAUUCAGCUGAAUAUGUUUCUUACUCAGAUGGAAGAAAUGAGCGUCCUACAUAACGUGUCCGAGGGGCUCUUCCCCCUUUUAUGGGCUGAAGAGCGGUUAGAGUUAAUGAUAUCUCCUCGAGCUAUCAACCGUGUCAAUUGAUUACUGACAUUUCAAAGACAUCAGGCCCUGGUUAUGGGGACAGGGAUUGUUACUGAAAUGUUAGUAAUUCAACCAAUUGACACGUCUCAUAGUCCGAAAAGAGAUCUUUAG